AUGUCUGCUAUACCUUACACCCGCUCUCUACGUGGCCCCUCACUCCUCCGCAUUGGAAGUCUUCAAUCGCACCACAUCACGCAACCGUCCAUACAACGACUGGGUCCCGUCUCUCGCUCUUUGCACAGCCUGCCCAUUCCUCGCAAAACACGUACCGGCCCAAUCUCAAUUCAAUCGUCAUUCUCUCUUCGUCCGUCAUUUGCCAAACCCACAGCUAGAACCUACGGCGACCGAAAAGGAUCCACCGGCAAAGCCGAAGCCGACCUCCUAGUCGAGGAGCUACAAGAGCUGUACGAAGUCGCGAAGGACGAGUUUGAAAUUGCCACUGAGAGCACCGACUCAUCUACUAUAUACGCUGCAUCGGACCGCGAGUCUGCUCGCGAUGCCCUAAACCAGCUGUCCAGUGUGUACGCCCUCUACACUGCUCGUCCUGGGGAAGUUGAGAAUGAGACGGAUGAAUCGUUGAUUGCGGGAGAGGAGGCGGGAGAGAGUGCUAUUGUCGAGACACAGUACAAUCCAGCAGAGGUCCCCCAGGGUGUUAAAGACGAGGUGCGUCGACGGGUUGGACAUCGGAUUCGGGAGUUGAGGAAUGCUGUUGAGGCGCUUGAGCAGAGGGCUACAGAAGAUUAA